AUGGCGCCCAGCUUCGUGCAGCACCCAGCUGGCUCCAGGGAGGCGUGGGGCGCGGCCUUGACGUACCCUCCGCGCCACGCGGCCGCGUCCGCGGACGUGGACUUGAAGGAGGUUCUCAAUGAAAUGCAGUCCGAGGUUUACCACCGAGGAGUUCGAGUCAAGGACUGCUUCGCCGACUUCGAUCCUCUGCGGUCUGGGCGGUGCACGCCGUCGCAGUUUGUGCGCGGGGUGAACCGGAUUGUGCCGUCGCUGAAGGUCUCGGACGGAGAGGCACUGGCGGACCACUACACGGAGAAGGGUCCGCUCGUCAAGGUGCCGCAGAUUGUGAAUUACCAGAAGACGCAGCCCUAG